AUGCAGGCACACACGCACAAAAUCACAGGCUUAGAUAUUCUCGCUCUGAUGGUUGGAGGAGAGACAAGAAGAGGACUUAGCAAAUCUUGUGCCCUUCUCAUAUUGAUUGCUGGGAUAGAGAGAUAUGCAUUUAAAGGAGUUGCAUCAAACUUAGUGACAUAUCUAACUGAUGAGGUAAAGAUGAGCAAUUCAAGAGCAGCCACGACUGUUAACACUUGGAGUGGCUUCACUUUCAUGUUGCCUCUCUUCUCUGCUCCUUUCGCCGAUACUUAUUGGGACAGAUUCUUUACCAUCCUCGCUUCUUCUUCUCUCUACUUUGUGGGACUAGUGGGAUUGACAUUUACGGCAUAUGCUAAGUCACGUUCCACUACAAAAACCAUCUCUCUUUACUUCCUCUACACUUCACUUUGCCUCGUCGCUCUCGGCUUAGGCGUCUUAAACCCAUCUCUUCAAGCCUUUGGUGCUGACCAGCUCGACCACGACCUUGACCAAGACCAAGAUCACGAGCAAUCCUCAGAGAACAAAGAAGUCAAGUCGAACCGCAAGACUCAGUUUUUCCAAUGGUGGUACUUUGGUGUCUGCGCCGGUAGCCUUCUAGGAGUCACCGUCAUGGCUUAUAUCCAAGACACAUUUGGUUGGGUUCUCGGUUUUGCGAUCCCAACCGCUUCCAUGUUGUUGCUGAUCCUCUUGUUCCUAUGUGGCUGUGGGGUUUAUGUCUAUGCUGAUCCCAAUCUUGACCCCAAAGCUAAACCAUUUCAAAGGAUCUUCGACCUAAUCAAAGAAAGAGUGUGUAGAAGAAGUAAGAUCACUCUUGUGAACAACCACGACUUAAAUGCCAUGGAGCUAGAGUUGCAAGAGAAGCCUCUAUGUAACUGUAGCAGCACUGAAACCACUAGUACUAACAAGAACUUAGCUGAUGAAAAAAGCUGCAAGAGCGGUUUCUCAGGCCUAGAAACCGUCAAGCUAUUGCUUCGUCUUUUGCCUAUAUGGAUGAUGCUUCUAAUGUUCGCAGUCAUAUUUCAGCAACCGGCGACAUUCUUCACGAAGCAAGGCAUGACUAUGAAGAGAAACAUCGGACCAAACUUCAAAAUCCCACCUGCAACGCUACAAAGCACAAUCACUUUAUCCAUAAUCCUUCUCAUGCCCUUGUACGACAAAGUCUUGAUCCCAAUCGCCAAGAAAAUGACGAAGAACGAAAAGGGUAUCUCCGUCAUGGAAAGAAUGGGAAUCGGGAUGUUCCUAUCCAUUAUCGCCAUUGUUAUCGCUGCGUUAGUCGAAAGAAAGAGAUUAAAGAUAAGCAGAACUUCACCGAGUUCGGAGCCUUUGAGCAUAUUUUGGCUCCUGCCUCAGUACAUACUAUUGGGAAUCUCGGACAUUUUCACGGUUGUGGGAAUGCAAGAGUUCUUCUACAGCGAGGUUCCGGUUAGGAUGAGAACGAUGGGAUUUGCAUUGUACACGAGCGUUUUCGGUGUGGGGAGUUUUGUGAGCGCUGCGUUGAUUUCGAUUAUCGAGAGCUACACGAGUUCAAGAGGUGGGAAACAUAACUGGUUUGCUGAUGAUAUGUCGGAAGCUCGACUUGAUAACUAUUAUUGGCUUUUGGCUCUCACUAGUGCUAUAAGCUUUUUGAUAAUUUCAAGAGUAGUAGUGAUGAUGACCAAUGUGAUGAAAAAUUCAAGAGCCACCAUGGACAGGCCUAGGGUUGAUAAGGUCGGGACCUCGAAGGAACAAGAAAACAAGGAUGGAGUUAUCAAAGGACGAAACUCACAUCCGAAUCCUUUAGGGAUUAUUACCAAACAGAGAAUUCGAGAAUCGGUUCUUCUUGUCGUGCCAAGAAGGAACAUCGUCCUCUAUUGUUUCACGUACUCACAUGUCACGUCUCUGAUUCAAGAUAUAGAUGUCGCCAGCCUCAAGAAGUCAACGGACCCCUCAGGAAAAUCACUAACCUUACCCAAAUUCUGUGUCGGCCACAACGUUGGACCAUACGUGGAAAGUAUUCUUGGAUUCGAUCCGAUCAACAAGCAAUAUAAGGAGGUAUUGUCCAUGACUCCACUAGCUGGUUUUAAUAGUGAAGAUAGCAUAAUACCAUAUAGAGAACAUAAAGUGUUUACAUUGGGAGCUCAAGGUACAUGGACAAUGGUCAAGUGUAACAGCAUUCAUUGUCCUGGAACUAUAAGCCUAUGUAUCAACGGGGUUGUGUAUUACGAUAUGUAA